UGUGACAAUUCUAUUAGGUUGUCAAUAUUCAGUUUAAUAAGACUCUCAACAUGGCAUAUUAAAAAGUUAUUCCCGAUAACUUUAUAAUUACUAAUCAUUUCCAGAUGCGUAUCCUGGAUACGUAUAGAACGGAACGCUGCUUAUUUGUGUAUGAAAUAACUAAGCAUUUACCUACCUACUAAUAAAACUGUAAAACCCCACCGUAUUUUUUCUAAUCCAGGAAUUGAACCCAGGACCAGCCAUUCAAAGACAGCUCUUGCGAAAAUGAGACCGCGCUAUCGACGACACUUUUACCUAUUCAACUUUUCAGUAUGAUUUAUGUCGACAUACGCACUUCUAUCCGCGUGGACCACACCUUCGCGUAGCGUGGCGUCUGAAGCGUUCGUAAUAAAUGCAUAGAAACAAUCGAACUCCCCACCAAAUGACAAACUCCCGAAGCUAAGCAAAAUAUAAAAAUGUAGCGAUUCUCUCGGUAAGCUUUUAGUCAGGCCUGCUCCUCUCCGCUCGUCUUACAUUGACGAACAGAUCGGCGUCGGCUCAUACUCACACACCUGUAAGUCAUGUAAAACAUACAUAAACAUUGUCGGUCUAAAACUGCAUUGUCAAGCAAUCAUUUAUUUUAACUCCUCGCACUUCAUCCGUAUUAUGUGCACCGCACCAGUUAGAUCAUAUCGACCACGGAAGUCUGGAUAUGUGCCUAUUGUUUAGUUUGCGUAGGCUUUCGGGAGAUUGUUUUCACAAACAUGGAGCACUGCUAAGUUUUAAGACUUCUGAUCACAAUAUACUUAUUUGGGACUAUUACGAGUUUGGAUCAGCACGAUGGUGGCAGUGCUGCUACUGCUUUGAGUUCAGCAACCGAGGCCAGUUGAGUUCCUUCCUCCUGUGGCCGUUGCACCUGCAGGCGUGUACGCGGGCCGAGCAGGACAGUCAGUUUCCCUUUAGAAACCGGAGCUGGCUCGCAAUCGUCGGCUCAAAAAUGACCGGCGCUAAAAUAGCGGCGGGCGCAGGGGGGGCGAGUGCGCGCGGCUGCUGGGCCGCCCGCCGCCGGCCAGAGCCGCCCCGGUCGCCGCGGACUCCACAUUCCAACGUCGCUGUGCUGCCGGUCGAAGAACCAGUGCCGUGACUGAGUGACCGUCUUCCACCCGUGCGACAUUAAAUAAACUACCACCAUGUCUGACGAAGAAGAAUACUCUGGCUCCGAGGAGGAGGAAGUAGAAGAAGAAGUCCAAGAGACGGGUGAGGGAGACCCAGAAUUCAUCAAGCGUCAAGACCAGAAGCGGUCGGACUUGGAUGAGCAGUUGAAGGAAUACAUCAACGAAUGGCGCAAACAGCGGGCUAAGGAGGAAGAUGAGCUCAAACGCCUCAAGGAGAAGCAGGCCAAGCGCAAGGUUUCUCGCGCUGAAGAAGAGAAGCGCCUCGCCCAGAAGAAGAAGGAGGAGGAAGAAAGGAGAGUUCGCGAAGUUGAAGAGAAGAAACAACGCGACAUCGAAGAGAAGAGGCAGCGACUCGAGGAGGCCGAGAAGAAGCGCCAGGCUAUGCUCCAGGCCAUGAAAGAAUCCAGCAAGACCGGACCCAACUUCACCAUCCAAAAGAAGAGCGAUAACUUCGGCCUUAGCAACGCUCAAUUGGAACGCAACAAGACCAAGGAGCAGCUUGAAGAGGAGAAGAAGAUCUCGCUGUCCAUCCGCAUCAAGCCCUUGAACAUCGAGAACCUCUCCGUUGAGAAGCUCAGACAGAAGGCCACAGAACUCUGGGAGUGCAUCAUCAAACUCGAGACCGAGAAAUACGAUCUCGAGGAGAGGCAAAAGAGGCAGGACUAUGACUUAAAAGAGCUCAAAGAAAGACAGAAGCAACAGUUGAGACACAAGGCCCUCAAAAAGGGUCUCGACCCUGAGGCACUCACAGGCAAGCACCCGCCCAAAAUCCAAGUAGCGUCCAAGUACGAGCGACGUGUCGACACAAGGUCUUACGACGACAAAAAGAAGUUGUUCGAGGGUGACCUUGAAAAACUGAACAAGGACUUCCUCGAGAAGGUGUGGCAAGAGAGGGCCGACCAGUUCGGUGGCAGGCAGAAGACGAGGCUGCCCAAGUGGUUCGGUGAGAGGCCCGGCAAGAAGAAGGGCGACACCGACUCCCCCGAAGGCGAGGAGGACGUUAAGGCCGAAGUUGAAGAGGACGAGGAGCCUCAGUACGAGCCUGAACCCGAAGAGGAGGAAGAGGUCGUAGAGGAGGAGGAAGAGGAAGAGGAGGAGGAGGAAGAAGAGGAGGAAGAAGAAGAAGAGGAGGAGGAAUAAACGCACGCAGAAGAAUUGAUCAGGGAAGCUAGACCGCCGACACUCACGGGUCGGACUGUACUGUUUUGUAACCAAUCCAUUAACUUAUUACUAUUAUAAAUUAUUUUUAUUAUUUAUACUGUUGAAUCAUUCGUUACGGAACAUGGACAUUUUUUGCACUUAGAACGUCAUCAACAUCUAUGACGUAACAAUAAACUAAUUUAUUUCAUAAGGCUGUCGAGUUUUUUAUUUUUACCUUUUGUUUAAGUGUAUUCCAACCUAUGUUUAUGUUUGUAACGGAUAACGAAAGCUUUUCUAGUAAAAUUAUGGAAAAUAUACUAUGAUUACUA